GUAAAACUAUUAUAUAUUUUAAUCACGGUAGAAUGACGAUAAAGCAGAAACAGUUCUAGUAUUUGUGCGUGUAUAUGCGGUGUAUACGGAGUGAGGUUAUUUGGUGCGAAUCAAAUUUCAAAGUGACUAUGCCGAUUAUGCGAAAAAUACCGUAAGUGAUUAUUUCUAUUCAAAAAUAAUGGCAGAAAAUCUGUCCAAACGGCCUUCCAAAGGAAUCUUGAAAACGUCCAGUAGCUUCGAUAAUCCAGAAGCGCCUAGACCAAAUAAAGAAACAAAAUGGGAUGAAAUGAAUAUUAUUGCAACUCUUCAUCCGCCUGAAAAAGAUUAUGGCCAUAUGAAAAUAGAUGAACCUAAAACCCCAUAUAAUUAUGAAGGCCUUGGCAGUGAACAUGAAUUCGAUGAAUUAGACUCUGUUGCCAUUGCGGCUAAAUUAGCUGAAGGUACUAAAGCAAAAGUUUUCGAAGAGCAAAGUGAAGAAGAUGAGGAUGAAGAGGAUGAAGAAACACCAGAGGAAAGAGAAAAAAGGAAAGCAUUUGAAGCAAAAAGAAAAGGUCAUUAUCGCGAAUGGCAUGCUGUUCAAUUAGCACGUAAACAGCUUUUGGAACAAGAUGAAGAUGAAGACGAGGAGGAUGAAGUGGAAAAUAAAAUUGACAGUGACACAUCAUCGGGAGAAGAGAGUGCAUUUAAAACACGUUUUAAAUGCAUGCCGUCCUGUAAGAGAAGGGAAAACAAAUAAAUAAUAAACAAGUCUUUAGUAAUCCAAUUUUAUAUCAUAGAUAGUUCUAUGUCAUCAUUUGUAAAUAAAUAUAACAGACUUUUAUAAUUUCUUAGUUUCAGUAUGUUACUGAUUAGUUACAUCUUUUAAUUUAUAUUAAAAUUCUAUUAAGACUCAUUAUUAUUUGAUAACUCUUUACAUAUUUGUUUUAUAUUAAUUAUAUUUGUAUGUGUAUAUAUAUAUAUAUAUAUAUAUAUAUAUAUAUAUAUAUAUUUCAGUGUAUGACUACUAUUAUAAAUUAGGCAUUUUCAUGGUAAUAAUUUUGUAUAUAUGUACAAUUGAAAUUAUAAUUUGAAUUGCCAUGCAUUUAAAAGGACUCAUAUUUAUUAGAAUAUUAUAUUUUUGGUUUUUUUUUAUGUUACUGUGCAUAAUAGAAAUAAUAUAACAUUGCAUCAUUGUAAUUAAAUUACAUUUAACAACCAUUACCAACCUCGUGUCAAGAUUAGUACAAAUUUACGUGUGCAGUAUUGAAUAGAAAGGAAUACACAAAUUUUGAGAAGAAUGCAGUUAAACUUAAUCAAGUAUUCCAUACUAUAAUGAUUAUAAUCGUUCUUAUAUAUACUAAAUAGACAUAAGCCAUUGAAUGUAACAAUGGACUGAAAUAUGUAAUUAGAAGUAACGUAUUAAACGUAGCAUAGCUUAAAAAAAGGUAUAUGAUUGUGACUAAUCAAAGAAAGUGUAUGCAUAUAUAUUAGAGUUGCCAUUCCUUUUGAAGUCAAAUAACAAUAUAUUGUACAAUAUAUCCGUCUGAUAAUUAGAUACAUUUUUAUUACAGUGAUAGAAAUCAAUAAAGAUUCUGAUAAUAUAUCUUUUACAUUAGAUUUUAAUUAUUUCCAUAAACGAAAGUGAAUUUGAUGAAAGUUGCGCGGAACUAUUACAAAUAAACUUUAAGCUAUUUUCUAGUAUGCUUAUUAACUAUAUUAAUAAUUGCCAUGCAUAGGAAACAAAAGAUGUAUUAUCCAAAGAUAAAUAAAUUAAUUAUCAAUUAA